UAGGUGGGGGCGAAUCUGACUGGCGCCGGGGCAGGAAGGGAGGCGGCCGCCGUGCCAUUCUUAAAGGGACCUAGAGAAGGCGACGGGCUGCUGACGGCCGGAAGGAAAAUGAGUGAGUCUUUGGUGGUUUGUGAUGUUGCUGAAGAUUUAGUGGAAAAGCUGAGGAAGUUCCGUUUUCGCAAAGAAACAAACAAUGCUGCCAUUAUAAUGAAGAUCGACAAAGAUAAACGCCUGGUGGUGCUGGAUGAGGAACUUGAGGGCGUUUCUCCGGAUGAACUGAAGGACGAGCUACCGGAGCGGCAGCCUCGAACCUUCAUUGUGUAUAGUUACAAAUAUCAACAUGAUGAUGGAAGAGUGUCGUAUCCUCUGUGCUUUAUUUUCUCCAGUCCUGUUGGAUGUAAGCCUGAGCAGCAGAUGAUGUAUGCUGGAAGCAAGAAUAAGCUAGUGCAGACGGCUGAGCUGACCAAGGUAUUUGAAAUAAGAAAUACCGAAGACCUAACUGAAGAGUGGUUACGUGAGAAGCUGGGAUUUUUCCACUAAUGUGAACUUCUGUGUUUCCAAAGUAUUUAUGUAUUAACCUGACCAUACUGGAACCUGACAUAAAUACUUAUUUAUGCCUAAAAAUGCACUGUUACUUACAGUAUGUUUCCUGCAGUAAAGAAAAUUUCUUCAUUUGUGCAAAGUUUGAACAAAGAGGAAGUCAUCUUCAUAGUAAUGAAACUUUGUAAAGUGUUUCCUUAGAUUUGUAAUUGUUAGGUGGACUGCUUUCCUCCAGGGACUUUUUGCACUCUUGUGAUUAACUUCUAUAACUUAUGGUUCAGAAUUUGUUACUAUUUACAGAGACCAUUGGAAAGUGGGUAUUAGAUUGUGAUAGACAACAGUUGCCUCCUUUUGACAAAUACUGGAAAUUAGCAGUUUAUAAAUGAAAAUAGCAUAUUAUCACUUGUUAAGUCAUUUCAGUUAAUUUGGAGUUAAAGGCUUGAGUGACCCAAAUUUUGAGCCAUGGAUAAUAAUUUCUUGUAGCGUAAUCUGUGUUACAAGGACAUUUUUUUUUCUCAAUUCCAUACCUCCUUCAGUUUCCUGCUUGUUUUUUCUCAGAUCUGGAAACUGUGUUCAUCAGUCAUUCUUAAGAUUUGGAAGUUAGGUUUUAUGAUAGAAUUACAUGAGUAUUAGGUUUUCAUGUGGAAAAUAGAUCUUAGUCUUAGCAGCUGGUGGGGUGUACUAAUCAAGGGCUCCAUUCCUGACUGUGUUAUUUCUAGAGAGUUUCUAACCUAGGUUCAUAACACUUUAUUUAUAAGCAUCUCCUAAUGUCCUGUGAACACCAAUGAUUUUAAGUGUGUUAAUACUGUGCCUUUGAUUUGUUAGCUUUGAAGUUAGUUUAAGACUUUUACACUGCCAGUAUUCCAAAUUUGCUGAAAUUAAUACUUUUUUAAAACGUCCAAGUGAAACAAUUUUCUAAUAUGUGUAUCUAAAAUUUGUAAUAAAAUCAACUUCAUAUUUUUAAAAUUCCAGCUAUCUGCUUGCAUUAGUGAAUAUAUGGCAGUUGAGAAUUACAAUUUGGGAUAUAUUUGUGAUCAGUUUUGUGCCAUAACAAAAAAAUACUUAUAAAAUUUUGGCCAUAGUGAAUAAUGUUAUUAACACAUCAGUAGAAAACACAUCUUAUAUCCUGAAUGUCAGAAGGUAUUCUAAACUGGAUGCAUGAGUAGUUAACUAACCAGUCUUGUUAGGUGAUGGUAUCCUUGGCAUAAAGCAAGGAUGCUAAUGUAUAGCACAGUUUAAAAACAAACCUAUAAGUAAUUGUUUAAUGCUAACUUGAUACAAGGUCUAGAGAUCUAGAGACUAACCAUAUUUGGUGAGUGAAUUCUUAUAUUAAGAAUAUCUUAGUCAUUUCAGAACUAGCCAAGGCAUUCUUAUGUUGUCAUAUUUCCCAUUUAUAUGUUCUUUGCAUUUCAUUUUUGAGGUUUCUGUGCCAACUUUAAUUAAGUGGUAACAAUAGUAGAAAAACUGACAAUAUGAACAGCAUCUUCUCUUCCCCACAGUCUGGCUUCCCUAAUCUGGGAUUCAGGAAGCAAUCGGAAGUCAGCUGGAGAUGAGGAAGUGCUGGAGUAGGUAUUUGGUUAAUGAAUGGAAAGGUUUCUUCAUUCCAAUUUUAAGAGAGAAAAAUCUUCACCCAGGAAGUUGAAGAAUUCCUUAAAGAGGUAUUUUGAUGUGGGAGAAUAACUUGUGUAUCAUUCUGCAGAAAUGCAAAUAUAACAAGUGAGUGGAGAGUUUUUGUUUUUGAACGAAGGAAAUGAGACUUUGUUUCAUUUGAUUCACAUCAAUAAGAGAAACUAGUGCUGCAAGAAUGUAUUUUUAAAAUGAGGUUCCUUCAUUGGUCUUGUGUGUUAAGGUUUUUAAUUUGGUUUUUACAAUUGGGACGCCCUCCUUGAUGUCAGAAGACACUGACCGCCACACACACAGCUCUUGGGUUCCGUUGUCCAACAGGAACAGAGAGCUGUGAGAAACUCUCCCUCUUUUUGACUUGUCUGACUUCUCAUCAAUGACAUGUAUUCUGCAACAUGUCACAUUGAGGCUAGGGAUCAAUGCAACUUUUUUAUUCCAUCUGUCGUAUAGCAAGAGUUUACAAAUCCUGUGCUCUAAAAUAUUCUCAUUUAUGUACACUUCCUUCUAUCUAAGUAUAUUUUACAUUAUCCUUUUCAAGUUUAUUUGCUGUUUAGUGUCUUUUUCCGGUGAAUAAUGAGUAACUCCAGAUUUCCUAGUUCCAGCUUUUACAUUCCAUAUGUUCUGGCACAGCCAUUGCCAUUCAGCCUUAAAUCCCAAUCAUUCCUUUUGCGCAGCAGCUUUUUCCCUGGGAACCUCCUUCACGGUCUUUGAAGUCGGCGUUCGUAUUGAGAUUGUUGACCUUGAAGUUCUGUGUAGCAUCUAAUGUCAAAAUAGAACCAACCCAGUAUGCAUUUAGUGUGGUUUUUGUGGCAACAUAAAUGACAUGAAGAAAACUGUUCUCAGGUCACUAUGCUGAAAUUCCAAAAUGUCUGAGUUUUGAGUAGUAAUCACUUUGUUCUGGUACUGAAGCAAUUCUGUUAGGAAGAAAGUUGGUUGACUGACUUGUUUACUCGACUUCUAAAGUAAAUGUUUGAAUUCUCUUUCUGGAAAGAUCACUAGAUGCCUAGUGCAGUUGAGCAUACUCUUGUUUAAGAGGGUGUUCCUGAAAUUUGUAUUGUCAUCAGCAAAUAAUCUGUGUGGCAAAAAUGUCAGCACUUUUCCCUCGCUUUAGCUCCUAUUUUCAGGAGUCAGUUGUAGCCAUAAACUGUACCAUGGUCUGAUACUUUGAAAAGUUCACGGUUAGGGGACUUGAUUGCCAAAUUAAAUUUGGCUGUUUUCCCCCCACCCAUUAUAGAUAUUAAGGAAGGGUACUUUAAACAUGGUUGGACUGCUUUUAAAAUCCGAGUAAUGUCAUUAAUCCGUAUGUGGACUAGUGAUGAAUAAUAUUUUCAUAAGCAUUUAAAUGCUGAUAUUUGGUGGGAGUAAAGAGUAACUUGUAUUCUACCAAUUGAAGCAUUCUUAGAGUGGUUGCUUUCCCUGUUUGUUCAAUAGACUGAUAAUACUGGAAUCUACAGAGUUUGAGCCUUUACAGUUUAUGUGAAAAAGUGUUUCAAACAUUUCAGGACAAAUCUUAUUUUGUAUUUGUGGAAGAAUGUAAAUAAUCUUCUAAGCCACUUUAAAACCAAUGGUUCCAAGUUGGAGAUUGGUGAGCAAUUGUUUCCUCUUACACCAUUUGACAUUUCAAAUCGGUGAUCGUGUUCAUGUAAUGUUUCAGACAACUCCAUGAAGCUUGUGGUAUUAACUGUGUUUUCCCACUCUUUGGAAAAUGAUUCAUACACGUAUGCUUACUUGAGUAUUGUUUAAGGUCACUGACAUGGCAGGCCAGUUCCUAUUGAUUUACAUGGUCCAAUAUUAUCUCAUCCAGGAGGCUUGAAACAUUAAUGGUUUAGUCUUGUGAAUUUUAACAGUUCUCUGUCAUUGUUUAACAAAACCAACAACUGGCACAACUUCUUAAGCUGUGGUUCCAGUCUCUGCUAGUUCAUAUUGCAUGUUUAUUUUGGACAGUCUUUUGUUAAGCAUGGUGCUUGUACUGGUUUAAAUAAAACAUUAACAUAAAAGAACUUCUAGUUUUUC